CUUUCUCCUGCCUUUAUGUAAUCUUCCUUUUAGUCCCUCCUUAAUUGCAAAUGCGUGAAAGGAAAACCACAAAGCUGUCAUUUGAGAUCUUGCUUCCUGGCAAUUGUCAUCAGUUUUGGCUCAAAUAAAGGCAGAAAAAAUUCCCUACAGGUUUGGACAUUUUUAUAUCAACAUCAGUACUGGCUCCAAGAGUGGACUUUUGCUCCAGUCCUUGGACUUCAGCAUGAUUACUUCGCAGCUGCUGACUUGUGUGGCAAUUUCAGUUUUCUGUGUCUUAAAAGCCAGCUCCCUGGACACCUUUAUUGCAGCUGUUUAUGAGCAUGCAGUGAUUUUGCCGAAUGCCACCCUCGCACCAGUGUCCCGUGAAUUGGCGUUGGGGUUAAUGAACAGAAAUCUGGACCUUUUGGAGGGAGCGAUCACAUCAGCAGCAAAACAGAACAAUCACAGAGAACAGAGCAUGGUUAAUAUUUCUGCCCCUAACAUUAAGGGUGCACAUAUUAUUGUGACUCCAGAAGAUGGUCUUUAUGGCUGGAACUUCAAUAGAGAAUCUAUCUACCCAUACCUGGAAGAUAUCCCAGACCCUCAAGUGAACUGGAUCCCUUGUAAUCAUCCCAACAGAUUUGGCCACACCCCAGUGCAAGAAAGACUCAGUUGUCUGGCCAAGGAAAACUCUAUCUAUGUUGUGGCAAAUAUUGGGGACAAGAAACCGUGCAAUGCCAGCGACCCCCAGUGUCCUUCUGAUGGCCGUUACCAAUACAACACUGAUGUGGUGUUUGACUCUCAAGGAAAACUGGUGGCACGCUACCAUAAGCAAAACCUUUUCUUGGGUGAAGAUCAAUUCAAUGCACCCAAGGAGCCUGAGGUUGUGACUUUCGACACCACCUUUGGAAGGUUUGGCAUUUUCACAUGCUUCGAUAUACUCUUCCACGACCCUGCUGUGGCCCUGGUGAAAGACUUCCAUGUGGACACCAUACUGUAUCCCACAGCGUGGAUGAAUGUUUUGCCCCUAUUGACAGCUAUUGAAUUCCACUCAGCUUGGGCUAUGGGCAUGAAGGUCAAUUUCCUUGCAUCAAAUAUACAUCACCCCUCAAAGAAAAUGACAGGAAGUGGCAUCUAUGCACCUGAUUCUCCAAGAGCAUUUCAUUAUGAUAUGAAGACAGAGAAGGGAAAACUACUUCUCUCACGAUUAGAUUCCCACCCAAAGCACCCAGUCGUGGUGAAUUGGACUUCUUAUGCUAGUGGAAUAGAAGCAUUCUCAAUGAGAAACAAGGAGUUUAAGGGCACUGUCUUUUUUGAUGAAUACACCUUCUUGGAGCUCAGAGGAGGCACAGGAAAUUAUACAGUUUGUCAGAACGAUCUCUGUUGUCAUCUAAGCUACAAGAUGUCUGAGAAGAGAGCAGAUGAAGUGUAUGCCCUAGGGACAUUUGAUGGACUACAUACUGUUGAAGGGAGCUACCAUUUACAGAUUUGCACUCUGCUGAAGUGUAAAACAACGAGCUUACACACCUGUGGUCACGCAGUUGAAACUGCCUCCACCAGGUUUGAAAUGUUCUCCCUCAGUGGCACGUUUGGAACCCAGUAUGUCUUUCCUGAGGUGCUGCUGAGUGAAAUUCAGCUUGCACCUGGAGAAUUUCAGGUGUUGAGUGAUGGACGCUUGCUGAGCCUGAAGCCGCCAUCUGGACCUGUCUUGACAGUAACUCUGUUUGGGAGGGUGUAUGAGAAGGACCACACAUCCAAUGCUUCAUCAGGCUUCAUGGCAUACACACUAACAAUAAUGCUCAUAGUUAUAACACCGAUACUAUACUCACUAAGUUGGUAGAAUUUUUACAUUUUCUUUAUUUUAUCUUGAAUAAUUUAAAAAAUGAUGGAUGGAUGCAUGGAUGGAUGGAUGGAUGAGAAAAGAAAGAUGAGUCUGGUAUACCUAAAUAUAUAUAUAUAUUUAGAUACCACCCCCAAAUCCAUUCCAGACCAUAUAGAUCAUAUAUAUAAUGACAGCAUUUUAGAAAGGUAAAUUCUAUAAAAUGAGGAUAACAGUUAUACCGACCUUUUAGGGUUUUUUUGGUGAGAUUGUUUCAAUGUGUCAGCCAACCUGCAUAUUUCAAUUAGAAAAUUAAUGAAUUCAACAUCAGCUAAUUGUCUUUGACCUGGUAUCUAGCACUGAAGCAUCCCAGAAGGCAGCUGAGCUUACUUCUAGUGGGCCUUCAUGUUUUUGUUUUUCAUUGGUGACUUACUGCCUCUUUACUGCUUAUCUUGUCAGCCCAUAAGCAUAUUAAUAGGGUGGCGCUAGUGCAGACAUUUACCAAAUCUGACCUGCUACCUGUUUUUGUGUGGCCUGUGAGCUAUGUUUCUAAAUGGUUGAAAAAUAAAAUCAAAAAAAGAAGA